AUGGAGUCGUAUCAUCGUCUAAAGAUUGAGUUCAAUGCGCUUUCUCAGUUAUUUCCACUAAUUUGCCUCGGCUUCCAGGAACGCGUGGUGUGUAGUGAAUUUUCUUCCAUGUUGAGUGUUAAUACGCUUCUAACAGAUAUUUCUGUAUUAUGUGGAGAAAUUCUAUCUUUUUCCAUUAUUCCUGGUGAAACUUAUGGAUGUGAUACUUUUUGUCGUAAUGUUAAUUCUGCUGUUAUUUUGGUUGAGAAAACUCGUGUAAAAUGGCAGAAAUUCUUGGCAGAGCGUAAGGCCAUUCAUGACACGGCUGCGCGGUUAGCUUUACAUUUACGUAGCUCUAAGCAUUCUGUCGAACCUCUGCUUUCUCAACAGGCAAGCGUGGUUGAUAUUUUGGUGGUCUCUCUUUCACGCAUAGUUUACUUAGAGGAAAAUGUUGCAUUUGCCAUGGAAAGAUUCUAUAACCCUACCUUUGGUAUUAGCGCUAUCGAACAGCCGGCGUCGGAUCUCGAGACUCAUUUAAGACAGCAGCUUAACAAUUCAGAGAAAGAAUGUAAAAAUCAGCAGAAGCACAUUAUUGAACUAGAAAAUCAGUUAUGCUUAAUAUCUAAUUUUUUGAGCAAUCUCGCAGCCUCUUUAAUGCCUUCUAUUAAUAUUGAGAAGAAUCUGGAAACAUGUCUUCCAAUGCUACUUUUUGCAGCCGCAGAAAAGGUGAAAUGUGUGGAAAGGCUCCAGAAGGAUCUGUUAUCUAUGCAAGUGGAGCGUGAUAAGUACAUCACGGAAGGCCAUAUAGGGAAAACACGGAUAAAUGAGCUGGAGGCGGCAGUACGUGAGGGUUCUUUUGUCGUGGAAGAUCUUAAACAGGAGCUUAUAGUUCAGCAAAGGCAGUCAGAAUCUCUUAGUGUUGCCUUAAAACGUAUUGCACAAUUCCUUGAUAUCCCCUUUGAGGAGGGCGUAGUGGUUGUAAGUGAUCUUUUAGCUACCGCCGCGUGCGCCAAGAUAGAUAAAAUAUAUCAGGAUAUGGAGGAGUUGAAGGAGUCCGUGAAUAACACAUCAGCUGUACCCCUACGCGAGCUUGAAGCAAACCAAGAGGUGUUAAAGCAACUUAAAGAUCAACGGCAGCAGUUAACCGAUUCUGAAAAGGGGUUAUUGCAGCGUAUUCGGCAGCUUCUCAAUGUGCAUAGUGAUAUUUUCAAGGACGAUUUUAGAACGAUCACCACUUUGGAAGGCGUUGGCGACGCUUUGCAGUGCUGCUUUGAAAAAAUCGAGGCCUUUGAAUGCGACCGAAAGCGAAGUCGAGAGCGGAUCGACGCCUUUGAGGAGAAAAAUAAGCGCCUCGCGGAAGAAAUCACCGCCAAAGACGAUAAACUAAGUGAGAAAACCGAACAGAACCGGAACCUCUUGCAGAAGCUUCAGGAGCUUUGUGCGGCGCGCGAAUUCAGUAGCGACGAUGGCCAAAAUCACAAAAUUGCCUUCCAACACGUUCAAAAGCAGCUCAGGGCGCUUCUCGAGCAGGCCUGCGAGAGGGUGGAGGAGCUGUGGGGGCAGCUGCCGGUGCUGCAUAAUGAUACCGUUUACGACAGCAUUGAGGGGAUUCGUUAUCUUAUCACCUUUAUCAGCCAAAAGUUUGUGGAAUUGCCCUCCCGAGAGGAGCUUGAGCACCUUCAGCAGAGCUUGAAAACCGCCGGUGAUUGCACCUCUUUCGAGAGCACGCAAAAGGGCCAAAUGCAGGCGGCCUAUGUCGAGGGGAUUCUCCCAUUUUUGAACACGCAGGAGCUUCUGGAUGGUGCGGCGGUGGAUUCACUGACGUUAACGCCCGCGUUGAUAACGCGCACGGGCCGCCAGCUCAGCCGCGCCGCGGGGCAUUUACAAAAAGGCCUCAACGCCCUCGGGACUCUCCCGCCGGGUCUUCGGCCCAUCGCGACGGGGGAAUCCCCCCUCCACCCCUCGAAUAGCCUCGUGGAGGGGGCGGAAAGGCUCGCCGCGACCGCCGCGGAGUUUUUCAGCCACUUCGCGAACGCGGAGGAGGUCUUCCAGAUCUUAAGUAUCCUUGCGGGGGUUCCGAUUAUUUCGCUAGCCGCGGAUUCGCGCGAGUGGGAGCGGUGGACCUCUCGCAUCCGUGCGUUGCUUUGCGAGGGUCAGCGAAGCGCCGAGGCCCUCGCGAGCUCGGAGGCCGCCCUGGCGGAAUUCAUCCAGACCGUCGUCGCACUUGUUUGCGAAUACGGCGGGCAACUUCCCCCGAUUUCCAUGACGGAACGCUCUUCUUUGAUUUCGUUUUCCCCCGAGAAAGAUCGCGAGCGCGUCGUCGAGGCCUUGUCGAGCCUCUUGGACGAAAUGCAGGAGCGCGAGGGGGGGGCGGUUGAGAAAUUGCAGGCGGCCUCGCAGACCCUCCGGCAGGUGGAGGAGGAGCAGCGGGAGGCCGAAGACGUCAUUUUGGAGUUACGUCGGCGUGUUCAACAAAAGACCCUUGAGGAUGACUUCCUGGAAGCGAACCUCCGUGCGUUUGACGAUGCCCUUGCGAUGCAAUCUCAGGAGCUUGCCAUGCGGUAUCAAAAAGAUCAGGAUAUCAUCCUGCGGAGGUUCUCUGAGAUGCGGGAUAAGGUUCGCCGCAUUCUUCAUCGUUCCUCGGUAUCCCGGCAUUCCCAUUCCCAUUCCCAUUCCCAGAGAAUGAAUGCUAUGCGUUGA